AUGUUCUUCAUUCCGCCAUUACCUAUUUUGCUAUUUUUUCUCUUUCACUUUUUAGUUGUUUCUUUUUUCUCCACUCCUUCAUCCUUUUAUCCCGUUUUCCUUCUUUUAUCUUUUCCAUCUUCCUCUUUGCUACUUCCACCCCUCCUUCUCCUUCAUCUCUCUUCUUACACUUUCAUCAUUUCCCCGUCUUCAUCCCCUCCAUCUUCCUCUUCUUCCACCUCUCCUCUUUAUCCUUUCCAACUUUUAUUCUCUCCUCACCCUCUCUUAUCUUUUCAAUCUUACUCUUCUCUUCUCCCACCGCUCCUCUUCCUCCACCUUCCUUCUUACACUUUGAUCCCCUUCCCUGUUCUUAUCCCCUCCGUCUUCCUCUUCUUCCACCUCUCCUCUUUAUCCUUUCCAACUUUUAUUCUCUCCUCAUCCUCUCUUAUCUUUUCAAUCUUCCUCUUCUCUUCUUCCACCGCUCCUCUUCCUCCACCUCUCUUCUUAAACUUUGAUCCCCUUCCCUGUCUUCAUCCCCUCCGUCUUCCUCUUCUUUCACCUCUCCUCUUCCUCCACCUCACUUUUUACACUUUCAUCCCCGUCUUCAUCGCCUCCUAUCCCUUCCGUUUUCCUCUUCUUUAUCCUUUCCACUUUUUAUCCUCUUCCUCCUCAACUUCCUCUUUCCCUAUUUCUCUUUCUCCACCUCUCCUCUUCCACCUUCUAUCCUUUUAUUCCUCUCCUCCCUCUGUUUUCCCUCUCCUUAAUCUCUUCUUCCUCAUCUUGUUUAAUUUUCUUACUGGGGCUUAUUUUCUUAUUCUUUCAUUUGCUCUUUUCUUCUUCUUCAUCCACCAUUUUGUUUUUUCAUAA